CGUUUCUAGAUGCAAUGAUAAGCCGAGGUGAUCUUUUUCAUCCAAGCAUUAUGUCCAAGGAGUUAUUGAUUUUUUUAUUAGCCGCCACAGACACUACCGGAAACGCAUUGACUUUUACUUUUACAUUAUUGGGAAUGCAUCCAGAAAUUCAGCAAAAAGUAUACGAAGAGGUAAUAACGGAGAUUGGCCGUGAUGCACCUAUUGAAACAGAUCACUUACCAAAAUUGAAAUAUACUGAGAGAGUUAUAUCCGAAAGUAUGAGGUUGCUUCCGCCCGUGCCUAUGAUUGGCAGAUAUCUUAAUAAGGACAUUCAAAUUGGAGACAAAAUAUUUCCUAAAGGAGCUAAUAUAGUGGCCUAUACUCUUGUUCUUCACCACAACAGCAAAUAUUGGCCGAAUCCAAAGAAGUUCGACCCAGACAGGUUUCUACCAGAAGAAAUCGCUAAGAGACCGCCAUCUUGCUACAUACCGUUUUCAGAGGGGCCAAGGAAUUGUAUAGGCAAACAAUACGCAAUGAUGUCUAUGAAGGUGGUAGUGGCCAAUGUGAUUAGGAAUUUUUGGAUAUCAUCCAAAUAUCGCUCAAUUGAUGAGAUGGAGAUGAGAGGCCUCAUCACAAUGAGGACAAAAGGCGAUAUUGACUGCCAUUUCACACCUAGAAAUUAA